CAGGCAGAGAAACAUAGGAUGGCUGAUUUCCUGGAUCCUGAGGUUAAGAGGUGGUCUAACGGAAAGGAAGGAAAUCUGCGAGCCCUGUUGUCCACUUUGCAAUAUAUUCUUGGAGCUGAUAGUGGUUGGCAGCCAGUGCCACUUACAGACCUCAUCACAGCCGCCGCGGUGAAGAAGGCCUACAGGAAGGCAACUCUGUGUGUCCACCCGGAUAAAUUGCAGCAAAGGGGUGCUACAAUCAGGCAGAAGUACAUCUGUGAGAAAGUUUUUGACCUUCUCAAGGAUGCUUGGAACAAGUUCACCUCAUAGGAGCGCUAGGACCGACAGAUAGGUGGGAACGAAGAAGUCAAUUUAUUUUGGAGUAGCAUUUGCAUAGCCAUAUUGUUAGUUUUUUCAUUCAAUAUUGGUGUAAAUAUGCAGCGCUAGGUAUGUAGCAUCAUGCCAAGUUGACCGUGGAUGUCUCUCCUUAAUUAGUAGCAGUUCCGUAUGUGACUGGAAGUGAUUCAUUUGAAAGAGCUCCGUUGUUCUGCUCCUAGCUUUUUGGAAAUGAGUUAUGUUCCAGGACUA